AGCACCUUCCCCGCGCCUUUGCUGCGAGCCGCGUCCAGGUCGGUGAGGGCCGCCGCACCUGACCUCGCGGCCCCCGAGUGUGCAGCCGUUUCCCCCGGGGAAGCCGGAGGUCACAGACCAGCUGGGGUGUCAGGGUUCGGUCGCGACGCGCCCGUCUGUCAGUCUCCCAGGACUCGGUCCAGCCCGCGGGAUCCCAUGGCGCCGCCGCGGACGGCCUGGGCUCAGGACUCCGUGACCUUCAAUGAUGUGUUCGUGUACUUCUCCCCGGAGGAGUGGGGGCUCCUUGAUGAGGCUCAGAGACGCCUGUACCGCGAUGUAAUGCUGGAGAACUUUGCCUUGGUGGCCUCCUUGGGAUGUUGGCGUGAUGCAGAGGAGGAAACACUGUCUGAGCAGGAUGUUUCUGUGGAAGGAGUAUCACACGUCAGAAUUCUGCCCACCCAGAAAGCCAACCCCUGUGAGAACUGUGGCCCAUUCUUAGAAGACAUUGUACAACUGGCUCAGCACCAGGGAUCAGUUCUCACGCAGAAAAUGUACACCUGUGGGUCAAGUGGAAGAGACUUCUUGCCUCGUGUAAACUUUGAGCAGCAGGAAGAGCAACACAAUAUAGAGAAUCCUUUUAGAAAGGAUGACAGUCAGGCCUCAUUUGAAAAGAGCUGUGGAGUCUACAUUUCAAGGUGGCCUUUCAUGUACAGGGAGGAAGGAAUGCACUUCCUGGACAGCCCUGGUCUCUUCCAGGAACAGACUAGGAUGAGUUUAUCCAAAAGGACUUCGUGCACAGAAUCCUUCUCUCAGAGUUCAGCUCUGGGGCAGCACCAAGGUGCCCAUGCUGGACAGACCCUCUUCAAGUGUAGCAAGUAUGGGGAAGCCUUUCUGAAGACCUUUGCUCUGCUUGACAACUGGAUCACGCAGACUGAAAGACCCUUCAGAUGCCUCACCUGUGGAAAUGGCUUCAAGGAGAAAUCCGCUCUUAUUAAACACAGAAAAACUCACAGUGGUGAAAAGGCUUAUGUGUGUAAGGAAUGUGGAAAAGCCUUCACUCACCUGUCCCACCUCAGAACACACCAGAAAUUUCAUACAGGAAAAAGGCAUCACACAUGCAACGAAUGUGGGAAGGCCUUCAGCCGUAAAGACACCCUCGUUCAGCACCAGAGAGUUCACACCGGAGAAAGAUCUUAUGACUGCAGUGAAUGUGGAAAGACCUAUAGCAGGAGCUCUCACCUUGUUCAGCACCAGAGAAUUCAUACUGGAGAAAGGCCUUACAAGUGUGAUGAAUGUGGGAAAGCCUUUAGCCGCAAAGACACCCUUGUUCAGCACCAGAGAUUUCAUACUGGAGAAAGGCCUUAUGAGUGUAGUGAAUGUGGGAAAUUCUUUAGCCAAAGUUCCCACCUUAUUGAGCACUGGAGAAUCCAUACUGGGGCAAGGCCUUAUGAGUGUAUUGAAUGUGGGAAAUUCUUUAGCCAUAAUUCCAGCCUCAUUAAGCAUCGGAGAGUCCAUACAGGAGCAAGGUCUUAUGUAUGCAACAAAUGCGGAAAAGCCUUUAGCUGCAAAGAUACACUUGUUCAGCACCAAAUAAUUCACACUGGAGUAAGGCCUUAUGAGUGCUGUGAAUGUGGGAAAGCCUUUAGCCGCAAAGACACACUUGUGCAGCACCAGAAAAUCCACACUGGAGAAAGGCCUUAUGAGUGUGGUGAGUGUGGGAAAUUCUUCAGCCAUAGCUCCAACCUCAUUGUCCAUCGGAGAAUUCACACUGGAGCAAAGCCUUAUGAGUGCAAUGAGUGUGGAAAAUGCUUUAGCCACAACUCCAGCCUCAUUCUACACCAGAGAGUUCACACCGGAGCAAGGCCUUACGUGUGCAGUGAAUGUGGGAAAGCUUACAUCAGUAGCUCUCACCUUGUCCAACACAAGAAAGUCCACACUGGAGCAAGACCUUAUGAGUGCACUGAAUGUGGGAAAUUAUUUAGCCGCAAUUCUAGCCUUGUUUUACACCAGAGAGUCCACACUGGAGAAAAGCCGUAUGUGUGUGGUGAAUGUGGGAAAGCCUACAGCAGAAGCUCCCAUCUUGUUCGACACAAGAAAGUACACACUGAUGAAAGGCCUCAUGAGUGCAAUGAUUUUGGUGACCCUGUAGCUGUAGCUCUAUAACUUGUUUAUACCAAAAUAUUCACACUAGAAUGAUUUUAUGAGUGCAUACAAUGUACUGUUUCGUUGCUCUUGUUUUUUUGUUUUUAUUAAUUUUUCUUUUUGUGAAUUAGGUGGCUUACAGAGCUGAUCAUCUGUUUUACUCUCGACAGUUCAUACACAAAUCCCCUUAGUGUACCAUUGCUUAUCACACUUCCUUCCUGUCUUUCUUGCUUCCGUUCCUCAUCCUUUCCUAACCUGGACUAUGUCCUUAGAUAAAUGCUGGCCUUUGAUCUUGAAUGGUUGCUUAUUCUAACAUGGGUGUGAGUUCAGUGAAUAAGGGCCAUAGUCUUGGGGUCCUACCAGUCUCUGUCCAACCAGUA